AUUCUGUCUGUCAGUGUCAACAAUCAAAGUCAAACUCAUAUAUAAAAUUUUAGAACCUCAGCUGCUAUGAUACAAUUUGAAAUUAUUUAGUGUUUAUUUAUAUAAACUACAGAACAAAUGGAGAAAAGGCGACACACUUUUAUUCAAAAUCUACAGAAUAAAUUAGACGUACGGAUUUUACGUAUUCUAUUAUCUGUAGAUCAACAAAUCACAAAUAAUUUAAAAGAUGGAGAAAUUGCAACAAGGCCUGCAUUAUCGAAUGGACUAUGGUGUAGCAUGCUUCUGCCAACAGUUCUCAUAUUAUAUUCUUUACAGUACGAAGUAUCUGAGUUAUACAAACUUUUAGCGUUCAUAUCUGUUGGAUUGCUGUCUUACAGUCUUUUAUUUGUAGUAUUUGUAUCUGUAUCAUGUUUAGUUCUAAAAGAGAACAUUUAUGGAGGCUGUACAGCUUCAAGUCUGACUGCUGCAUUGUUGCUAUUCAUAUUUCUAGACCGAGGUUUAAUAUUUUCUGUUACCCUCUCAAUGGCAGCGGUGUUUUCAUACAGCCAACUAUUAAGAAUGUCCUUAAUGAAGUUCCCUAAAACAUUCACAAUAGGAGAAGCAAUGAUUGUUACACAAAGCAUAAUUUUAUCUGCCGUCAUGGUUGCAACUAAACUGGUCUUGAACAAUGGAGAUGUUGAAGAUGAAGAGUUGCAGUUCAUUUAUUCCGUUAUAUUUACCAUAUUAUCAUCAGUGGGAAUUAUUGUUACAGCCUUGUGUUUAUUGGAUGAGAACCAAAGGAAUCUGUCGGUACUCAGCUACAUUUUGAGUGUGGCUGGAACUUAUGCCUUAAUGAUAUUACAUGUUAAUAUUGGCGUUGAUUGUAUUCUUAAACUUGUUGGAUACAUAUUUCUGGAUUAUAAUAGAGUGAGAUUAUUUACCUUCUGGCUAGCUUUAGCUCUUGUGGCCGCAUUUGUGAUAUUGAUUCGCACUCAGCUGGCUGUCAAAGCGAGCACUGUGACCCGGAAAUCCUUCCACGUCCUGGCGUCGAUCGUUUUUCUAUCAGGAAUCAUUUAUAACAUUCGUUUGAUGACUCUUGCUGCAGGGUUUGGCUUUGGACUUAUGAUUUUUGUUGAGGCACUUAGAAAAGCCGACAUACCCCCGAUAUCUCCAGCCCUGCAGGCCGCAUUUGAUGUCUAUAGUGAUCAUAAGGACGUAGGGUACUUCGCGAUGACCCCUAUGUACCUUUACGUUGGGCUGGCGUGUCCGCUCGUCCUUGUGCCUAUACAUGAUGGGUACGAGCUGGAGUUACUGGCCGGCGUGCUCUCAAUAGGCAUUGGAGACACUGCAGCCAGCUGGUUCGGAUCCAAAUAUGGAUUUAACAAAUGGGCAGAUGGACACAAAUCGUUACAAGGCACUGCGUUUAAUGUUUUUUCACAAAUCGCCGCAGUGUAUGCUCUUGAUAUGUUUGGACUAUUAAAAUUAAAUUAUAGUUUACUUCGCGUUGGGAUCACAGCUACAAUAUCAGGUCUUGUGGAAGCGAAGACUGAUCAGGUAGAUAAUUUGGUACUUCCAUUGGUAUCUUUGAUAGCAUUCCAAACUACUUCGAUACUUUGUUAGAAAUUAAUUAUUGUAUAGAAGGUAAGCUCUUUUCACACGUCUCCUUGCAAUAUUACUUUAGCCUACAUGAAAAGCAAAA